GCCUCGUCUACAAUAGACGCACAGGCUAUGUCGUAUGUCGUAAGUAGUAGUGUCGUAGGAAAGUUCGUCGCAUGUCGUAAGAGUGUCGCUAGACGAGUGUCUACAAUAGUCGCGAUAAUAGCGUUAACUGUCAAGUCGACCGCAGCCACAAUGGAUGACCGGCAGCAAUUAUUAACCUUUCUGCAACUUUGCUCCCAAUUUUUAAAUUUAGUACUUUUAUAUGGCCGUUUGCUCAGUGAAUCGAACAACAGAAGAUGGUGGGUGCGACCAGUAAAUAGUGAAGAAAGACGGCAUUUAAGGGUUUCAUUUAACUUAUUUUCGUGAGCUGAUGGAAACAGAUCAUGAAGAAUUUUUUAACUGGACUAGAAUGUGGCCACAUCAGUUUAGAAAUCUUUAUGAACUCGUUCGCCCUCGAUUGUUAAAAGGAAGUCGUCGUCGUUCACUACAUCCAGAGCUGAGGCUGGUUUUGACCCUGUCGUACCUAGCUCAUGGGGACAGUAUGUUUUCAAAGAAAGCUGAAUUCAGAAUUGGAAGAUCAACGGCAUACCAGAUUGUACCUGAAGUGUGCCGCAUCAUAUGGGAUGUGCUACAGCCACGUUACCUGGCACAACCAACGCAAGAAGUGUGGAGAUGUAUUGCCGAUGAGUUCAUGCAAAAAUGGCAAUUCCCUAAUUGCAUUGGAGCGUUGGAUGGGAAACACAUCCGUAUUCAGUGUCCCCCAAAUUCUGGCAGUCAAUAUUCAAAUUAUAAAAAAUAUUUUUCAUUAGUUUUGAUGGCUGUAUGUGACGCAAGUUACAAAUUUACAAUGGUAGAUAUAGGACAAUUCGGCAGUAUCAGUGAUGGUGGAGUUUGGGCACACUCGGAUAUGUCUCAUCUUCUCGAUAAUAACUUGCUUGAUGUGCCCCCAAAAAAAGAAUUGCCUAGCACAUUAAUAACAACGGAAUAUGCGCUUGUAGGUGAUGAAGCUUUCCCCCUUAAGAAAUACCUGCUACGUCCGUAUCCCCGUCUUCAAUUGACCAACAAGGAGAGGGUGUUCAACUACCGAUUGUCACGAGCACGGCGGGUUAUUGAAAAUGCUUUCGGCAUUUUGGUGUCAAGGUGGCGAAUUCUUACAAGACCCUUAUGUUGUUCUCCAGAAAAUGCUGAGCACUUAGUCAAGGCCUUAAUCUGUCUCCACAAUUUUGUUAUAAUUGGAGAAAGAGAAAUUGUUCCAGCUCGCAGGAGAUACUGUCCACCACAUCUGAUAGACAGAGAAACAGGAGAAGGUAUGGUUAUGGGAGGAGCAUGGCGAGGACACGGAGAACAGGGUGAUCUGGUGCAAAAUAUUGGUCGGUUAUCUAGUAAUAACUCAAAUGUUGCUGCACGCGCCCAACGUAAUGUGCUACGGGAUUAUUUCGUAACCGAGACAGGGGAGACUCAAGUCCCAUGGCAAUACCAGCGAGCAUUCGGAAGUUACAACAUUAAUCCUCCUGACUGUCAUUAA